AUGGCGCCCGCAGCAAAUACUGCUAGACAGAGACGCAUUUCCGGGUCUGCAAGAGCUCCGGUUGACUCUGACUCGGACGCCGAAUAUAAAGCCUACAAUGGCCGGCUGAAAGAAGCGAGUGCAGCUCGAACCCGCCUGCGGAAGGCUAAGCAAACCCGCGACAGAAACCGCACCGCCCUCGCCACAGCCUACGAGUCCUCCCUCAAGCAAAUCGAAUCUCGCAUCCAAAAGUCCGUUACCAAACACAACGACUUGCGAUCCGCAAUCCACAUCUCGCACCUCAAGCGCCUCAAACAAGCCAUGGACCGCCGCGACGAAAAGGCCGGCCAGAUCGCCCGCCGGCUGGCCGAGCACCAGCGCCGCAUGCUGAACCUGGCCAUCCAGCUGCAGGCGCUGUAUGAGGGUCGCAAGGAGGAUGUGGCGGCGCUGGUUAAGGACGCCCCUGUUUCUGGGCGGGAGGGUCGUGGGGGAGGGGAGGAUCGUGAGGCUCGUGAUGGCAAGGAGGUGCCGGUGUAA